ACGCGUGCCACUUGUCCUCAAUCAACGGAUCCCAUACUAAACCUAUUGCUAUAACCAAAUAUCAGUCCUUAUCGAAGCCAGUGUUCAAGUGCUCUGUCUCCCUGUGCUCUCGUCAUUCAAAUUAUGCGACAAAUAAGUGAUUGAUUAGUCACUGAAUACGACUAUUAGUGAAAACAAUUAGCAAAGGGUUUGUCUAAACAAUGACUGUAUUGCCAUAACAUGUGUUGAUUGCAAUUAAUUGUCAUUUCAUUAAAAGUUUUCAAUUGUUUUUAUCACAUUUUAUUGAGUGUUGUUUCCUAUUGUGUCAUCACUUGACUGCAACUCCCGAAGCAUUUCUGGUCAUCAGAAUUGCCUCCCAAACCAAAUCUCAUUUGAUAACCAGUGUUACCCACAAGUGCUGUCAAAAUUUCGCCCUCACUUACAACCGUAGGCAUCGGUUCGGCCGCACCGGACAACUGCAAUAAUAUGGCCGCAGAUCCGCAAACAUCGCCUCAAAGGAAAUGGCCACGAAUUGCACUGUGCGUUGGAUGUGGUACUCAAAUAUACGAUCAGUACAUAUUACGGGUGUCACCAGACCUGGAAUGGCACGCGGCGUGCCUUAAAUGUGCUGAUUGUCAUCAAUUUCUUGAUGAGUCGUGUACUUGCUUUGUCAGGGAUGGCAAAACUUAUUGCAAAAGCGAUUACUUAAGGCUUUUUGGUGCGAAGUGUGCCAACUGUUCAAAGAGUUUCAGCAAAAGUGAUUUAGUGAUGAGAGCCCGCAAUAAGAUCUAUCACAUCGACUGUUUCCGAUGUAUUGCCUGUUCCCGACAGUUGACUCGUGGAGACGAGUUUGCACUCAGAGAUGACGGCCUAUUCUGUAAAGCACAUCAUGAAGAGUUUGACAAAAGCGGCUCAAUAGCCGACACCAACAAAGAUAUUAAUACACCAAAUGGUCUGUCGUUAAGUAAUGGUCCAAAUGGACCCAACAGUGAUAUUAAUGGUAACAGCAUUUCGCCCAACUCUGGAGCUCACCUUCAAAUGGCAGUUACAGCCGAACCCUUACCAAUGGUCAGACAUCGAGAGGGUCGACCAAGUGUUAAACAUAGUGCCGAACAUAAGCCGACUCGGGUUAGGACUGUAUUGAAUGAGAAACAAUUGCAUACAUUGAGGACAUGUUAUAACGCCAAUCCACGUCCCGAUGCUCUCAUGAAAGAGCAAUUGGUCGAAAUGACCGGAUUAUCGCCCAGAGUUAUCAGAGUCUGGUUUCAAAAUAAGAGAUGCAAAGACAAGAAACGGAGUAUAUUAAUGAAACAAAUGCAACAACAAGAAAAGUAUUCAAUGGUCGCAUACAGUGAUUCUGAGUACACAACCGAUUAUUCCCCGGAUGGUCGACAAUUGAACUUAUCAUCGAUGCGUGGCGUACCCCUAAUAGCGACGAGUCCAGUCCGUCAUGAAAGUCCGAUUCAAGUAAACCCAUUGGAAGUACAAACCUACCAGCCCCCAUGGAAAGCACUGGCAGAUUAUGCACUACAGCCUGACAUUGAUCCCAAUGCGCCUCACUUUCAACAUCUAGUAAAUCAGAUGCACGGUUAUACGGACAUACCUCCCAACGAAACAUCAUUGUCAUCAUUACAUGGCCCUCCAACUGGUCCCUGUACACCAAUGUCUUAUUUAGAUGCCGAUCUACACCAACCUCACAGUCAUCUCUCAUCAGACCUGUCGAGUCCCUGUGCCAGUGAUUGAGACAUAAAUUAUAUUAAUAUAUAGAUAGUUAUCUAAAAACACUGUUAGUUCCUGAGAGAAACAAUACAAAUAUAAAUAUAUAAAUAAAC